AUUGACAAGCGAUACAGAUAAAGGAAGACGGCGAUUUGAUUAGAUAUUAUAGACAUAGAAGCAGGCGCAAGAACAAGAGCAAGAACAAGAACAAGAUCGCGGCUUGUCACAAGACACUCGACCCUCCCACGAUGCCUUUCAACACAGAGCUCACUCGCCGUCUGGGCAUUCGCGUCCCCGUCAUCCAGGGCGGCCUGAUGCACGUCGGCACCGCUGACCUCGCGUCGGCCGUGUCCAACGCCGGCGGCCUGGGCAUCAUCACGGCCCUCAUCUCCCCCUCGCCCGAGGCCCUGCGCGCCGAGAUCCAGCGCUGCCGCACGCUGACCGACAAGCCCUUUGGCGUCAACCUGACGCUGCUGCCGUCCCUUCUUCCCCCCGACUACCCGGCCUACGCCCAGGCCAUCAUCGACGAGGGCGUCAAGAUUGUCGAGACGGCCGGAAACUCGCCCGGCCCCGUCAUCCGCCAGCUCAAGGCCGCGGGCAUCACGGUGCUGCACAAGUGCACGACGAUUCGACACGCUCAGAGCGCGAUCAAGCUGGGCGUCGAUUUCCUUAGCAUCGACGGCUUCGAGUGCGCGGGCCACGUUGGCGAGAGCGACAUUACAAACUUCAUUCUGCUGAGCCGUGCGCGCCAGACGCUGACCAUUCCUUUUAUUGCUUCGGGAGGAUUCGCGGACGGUCAGGGACUUGCGGCGGCGCUGGUUCUGGGUGCUUGUGGUAUCAACAUGGGUACACGGUUCCUCGCCACUGAAGAAGCGCCGGUACACCGAAAUAUCAAAGAGGCCAUUGUCAAGUCUCAGGAGACGGACACAACGCUGUUGCUGCGACGCUGGACGAACACCACCCGACUAUUCAAGAACAAGGUCGCUAUGGAUGCGCUAAAGAUUGAGAAGGAGAGCAGCACAGGCGAGUUCUCAGAGGUAGCGCCCUUCGUCAGCGGAAAGAGAGGCAAGGAGGUGUUCACAACCGGUGAUCCGGAACAUGGUGUCUGGACGACGGGUCAGGUCAUGGGUCUUAUUCACGAUAUUCCUACGUGCGGUGUGUUGGUUGCUCGUAUUGAGAAGGAGGCUGAGAGUGCGCUGCGGGAGAAGCUGGCUUUGAUUGUGUCGGACUCGAAGCUGUGAGGGGUGGAAAUAAGGGUAUGGGCCAAGUUGAUAUAAUAAUGAAUGAAAUAUGCCUUCUUUUUUGGAAUCUU